AUGACUAGCACAGAAAGCAUGAUUUCACAACUCAAGAAACUAUCUAUUGCGGAACCUGCCGUUACCAAAGAUUCCCAUCCUGAUGUCAAUGUCGUCGAUCUUAUGAGAAACUACAUUUCCCAGGAAUUAAACAAAAUAUCCGGUGUGGACCCUUCUCUCAUUUUCCCAGCUUUGGAAUGGACAAACACUAUGGAUAGGGGUGAUUUGUUAAUUCCUGUCCCAAGAUUGAGAAUCAAAGGUGCUAAUCCAAAGAAUUUAGCUGUUGAAUGGGCCGAAAGAUUUCCAUGUGGCGAUUUUUUGGAGAAAGUUGAGUCCAACGGUCCCUUCAUCCAGUUCUUUUUCAACUCUCAAUUUUUAGCAAAGCUUGUCAUCCCAGAUAUCUUAAACAGAAAGGAAGAUUAUGGUUCUUGCAAGUUAGUUGAAAAUAAGAAAGUCAUAAUCGAAUUCUCCUCUCCAAAUAUUGCCAAACCAUUUCACGCUGGUCAUUUGAGAUCCACUAUUAUCGGCGGCUUUUUAGCCAACCUUUAUGAAAAAUUAGGCUGGGAAGUUAUUAGAAUGAACUAUUUAGGUGACUGGGGCAAACAAUUCGGUCUUUUGGCUGUUGGUUUCGAGAGAUAUGGUAGUGAGGAAGCCUUGGUUAAGGAUCCGAUUCACCAUUUGUUUGAUGUCUACGUCCGUAUCAACAGGGAUAUCGAAGAAGAAGGUGACGCCAUUCCAUUAGAAAAAUCUACUAACGGAAAAGCCCGUGAAUAUUUUAAGAGGAUGGAAGAUGGCGAUGAGGAAGCCUUGAAAAUUUGGAAAAGAUUCCGUGAAUUUUCAAUUGAUAAAUAUAUUGAUACUUACGCUCGUUUGAACAUCAAAUACGAUGUUUACUCUGGUGAAUCACAGGUUUCCAAAGAAUCCAUGCUUAAAGCCAUCGAUCUAUUCAAUGAAAAAGGCUUGACACACGAAGAUAAGGGUGCGGUUUUAAUUGACUUAACAAAGUUUAACAAGAAAUUAGGGAAGGCUAUUGUCCAAAAAUCGGAUGGUACUACUUUAUAUUUAACCAGAGAUGUCGGUGCUGCCAUGGACCGUUAUGAAAAGUACCAUUUUGAUAAAAUGAUAUAUGUCAUUGCUUCCCAACAAGAUUUGCACGCCGCACAAUUCUUCGAAAUUUUGAAACAAAUGGGUUUCGAAUGGGCUAAAAAUUUACAACAUGUCAACUUCGGUAUGGUUCAAGGUAUGUCAACUAGAAAGGGUACUGUUGUAUUCUUGGACAACAUACUAGAGGAAACUAAGGAAAAAAUGCAUGAAGUCAUGAAAAAGAACGAAAACAAAUACGCUCAAAUUGAACACCCAGAAGAAGUCGCUGAUUUAGUAGGCAUCUCUGCCGUCAUGAUUCAAGACAUGCAAGGCAAACGUAUCAACAAUUAUGAAUUUAAAUGGGAGAGAAUGCUUUCUUUCGAAGGUGACACCGGUCCAUACCUCCAAUACGCUCACUCAAGAUUAAGAUCAGUCGAAAGAAACACUUCUGGUAUUACGCAAGACAAAUGGAUAAAUGCAGACUUCUCACUACUAAAAGAACCCGCUGCCAUAUUGCUAAUUAGAUUACUGGGUCAAUAUCCUGAUGUCUUGAGAAAUGCCAUCAAGACUCACGAACCAACAACUGUGGUCACAUACUUAUUCAAGUUGACUCAUCAAGUUUCUUCUUGUUACGACGUCUUAUGGGUUGCUGGUCAAACUGAAGAGUUGGCAACUGCCCGUUUGGCUCUAUAUGGUGCUGCCAGACAAGUCUUAUACAACGGUAUGUGCUUGUUAGGUUUAACUCCUGUCGAAAGAAUGUAA